CAAUAGCCAGUUUUCAAACAUGGCCGCCUCCACAAAUUUUGCGACGUGCGCUUAGCAGUCUGUACACAUGACAUUUUUGUUAGAGCUAUCGCUGCCGUUCUUUAGAUGUAAUAGUUGUGACAUCUUUGGAAGUUCUAAACCAGUUUAAAAGACUCGCGCUUUGUCACUAUGGAGGCCGAUAACGCAGAAGACAACCGCAAAAACCGCGAAGGAAAAACAACCGAAGAGCGCCUGAUGCAGCUUGAGAAACCGGUGCUCGUGGACCGAAUCCGCAAGCUGGAGAUACACGUGCAACAACUGCAGAACCUCCUGCAGGCCAAGGACAAGCCGCAGACUGCGCGGCCAGUCAAGCCAUUUGACUUCAGUCGGUUCAAGCGCCGGCACGUGGCCCUGCGUCUGCUCUACCUGGGCUGGGACUACAGCGGCUAUGUGCUGCAGGAGGACACUGGCCGCACCGUGGAGGCGGCGCUCUUCGAGGCUCUCGAACGCACCCGCCUGCUCGAGGACCGUGCAGAUGCGCACUACCACCGGUGUGGCCGCACCGACAAGGGCGUCUCUGCCUUCUCCCAGGUGAUCUCCAUUGACCUGCGCACCAACCUCACCGAAGGCAUUGGGGUCUUUGCCCAGGAGGGCUAUCAACCAAACACAAGUGCAGCAGCCCGGGCAGAGGAACUGGACUACGUCAAGAUCCUCAACGGCGUCCUGCCACCAGAAAUUCGCGUGCUGGCCUGGGCCCCCGUCGACCAAGCCUUCAGUGCACGUUUCGACUGUCGCCAGCGGACCUACCGGUAUUUCUUCCCUCGAGGUAGCCUGGAUGUUCAGAGGAUGCGAGAAGCGGCAGCACUCUUAGUAGGCGAGCAUGACUUCAGGAACCUGUGUAAGAUGGACGUGGCCAAUGGUGUAACUAACUACAUGCGGCGCAUCCUCCGUACCAGCAUCUUCCGCUGGCUACCGCCAAGGCCAUUACCCACUGCCUCGCCAACUGUCUCGCCAACUGGUGAGGAUGGCUCAUGCACUGCCGCACCACACGGGGACGGCUUCACAGAAGACAGCUACGACCUGCUGUGCCUGGAAAUAGUGGGCCAGGCCUUCCUCUGGCACCAGGUGCGAUGCAUUGUGGCCGUGCUGCUGCUCAUUGGUCAACGGCUCGAAGAACCACAGGUGAUAUCGGAGCUGUUGGACGUUGCCAAAAACCCUCGCAAGCCACAGUAUGCCAUGGCAGCAGAGCUCCCUCUGGUGCUGUACGACUGCCAGUUUGAGGGACUGGAGUGGCAGCAGAGCGCGGCCGAGGCAGAGGCUGUUGCCAUGCACCUGCAAGCACUUUGGACCCAAACCCGAAUCAAGAGUGCACUGUUGGAGAGCAUGCUGACCACUCUGCCAGACGUCCGGAGCCAGCCCCGCUGCCUGCUGCCCCGCAUUGCACGGAGCCACAAGCCGCUGCUUGAAAGGCCACUGUGUGGGAGCCUGGAAGAACGCAUGGCGUCACAUGCCAAGCGACGGAAAAUUUGCACCGACGAGCCAGAAGACAUGGUGGAAUAAAACUAUGAACUGUGCUUCAAAGG